ACAUAUGCCAAAAUUAAAAAAUUGUCAGUUGAGAAAUUUCUGUGAAUUUUGUGGUAGAUAACAUUAUCAAAACCUCAAGCGAAUUCAAAACUUAACAUCCGGUGAUAAUUGAUAGUCGAAGUACUUACAUUUAAUUCAUACAAAAUGUCCAAGCCAAGAGUUUUAAUUUUGGGUGGUUGUGGUUUCAUUGGCCGCAAUUUGGUUUCCUACUUAGUCAACAAUGAUCUCGUUAGUGCAAUAAGGGUGGUAGACAAAGUUCCCCCUCAAGUGGCAUGGCUCAAUUCUACACAUGCAGAAGCUUUCAACAGCAAAAUCGUCGAAUUCAAGAGCGCCAAUCUUAUCAAUGCAGAAUCGUGUAAAAACGCUUUUCAUUCUCCUGAUGGAACCCCUUGGGACAUCGUAGUCAAUUGCGCAGGGGAAACGAAGUCUGGCCAGACUGACCCCGUCUACAAUGAAGGUAUUCUUAAACUUAGUAUCAACUGUGCCAACGAGGCUUCUAUGCAACGAGUCAAGCAUUACGUCGAAUUAUCAUCAGGUAAUAUGUUUUCAUCUGAGAAGGUCCGUCACAAAGAGGAUGGCCCGGUGGAGCCCUGGACUUAUAUCGCCAAAUGGAAAAGACAGGUAUGGGUUGCAUUUCUAUUAGUUAUUCAAUAAGGCUGUUGACCAAGG